AUGCCAGAGGUUGUAAAGAAACCGGUUUUUGAAUACGGUGGGAAAACGCUGCUAUCGUUGGGUUUCGAUAACAACACGCUAUUUGCUGCAAACAAAAAAGGUCUUACCAAGAUCCUGGCACUGAAUCAUCCCGAGAAAGAACCCGAGGUAAUCGAUAUUUUGGAAGGGCUCACAUCCAUAUGCACCGUCUCCAAUUCUAAAUUUGUACUUACGUCUUCCAGCGGUGAUGCAAUCGCUUACGAUUAUAAGAGUACCGCUGCGAGGCACCAGCUACUGGCUAGGUUCGGCCUGCCCGUGAGAGAUUGUGUGUCAAUCCACAAUGGGAAGAUGUUUAUCAUGGGUGGUGAUGACCUGGUGUUGGCCUCGGUGGAAGUAGGUGCAACUGGCAACAACAACAUUAAAAUCCGAGAGCAAAUCAGCCAACUGUCGUAUAGUCCCACCACGAAUCUUCUGGCAGUUUCCUUCAUUGACGGUACAAUUCAAUUCUUUUCACUGACCUCUGCGGUUCCCAAUAAAGUUAAAGAGUUGGACGGGUAUAUUAAUAAGAAUUCGUAUUCCGACGAAAACGAACCAUCUACACUGGACAAAAUAAUUGCCGAUGACGUGAGCAACGACUCGGAUGAUAAUGAUCUACAUAUAUCGGAUGCAGAAUUUCAACCACAAAACAGAAUUUGCACUCGUGUGGCAUGGCACCCUACAGGGUUAAAUUUCGCAAUUCCUUGUUCCGAUCUUACCGUGAAGGUGUUCAGUCUGAAAAACUACGAACUUCUCAAGACGCUGGUGCAACCACCAAAGACAUCCAGUGUGUCAAAAUUUAUUGAUCUGAAAUUUGACAGUUCACAAGGAACCCACGUUGCUGCAGUGAACUUGGACAAUGAGCUUAUCGUUUGGGACUGGGAAAAGUCGGAGGUCACAUACCAAAGAAAGUUUUCUCAACAGAUUACAAACUUUGUGUGGAAAAUCGGGUCUGACAGUAAAACGUUGGAUAUCAUCCUUGGGACUUGGUCAGGCUAUUUUAUUCACGUGAAAGACGCUGUCAAUACGAAGAUUUCACGAGAUGACACAGAAGGUAGCAAAGGCACAAAAGUUACAUCUAAAAGUGUUUUCGUUCAAGACGACGAUUCCGAUGAAGAACUGGAUGAAGUGUUAAAUGAGGGUAAACCCAAGAGUACUUUGGUAGAUGGCGUUGCUGAAGAAGGUGGCUCUGACGAUGAAGAUAGCAACUCCAAUGGUGUUUUUACUCAAGAAAGGAAGGAAUUGAACGAUCUGCAAAACGGCAAGAAAAGGAACCUUUCUGAAGAAGAAGAAGAAGAAGAAGAAGAAGAUUCUGAAGCAGAAGAGUUCAUUGAUGACGACGAUGGUGCUGGGUAUGUGCCCGCAAAGAAGCAGAAAAUGUCUCUCCCAAUCUUUGAUAAAAGUAAAAGCUUCACCUCAGGAAGGCUAGUAGCACCCCCAACUUUUCGGUACAAACCAAUAUCACCAGGUGCAACGCCAUUCGGUGUCGGGGAUAGAAGGUAUCUUACCAUGAAUAGCAUUGGCUACGUUAGUACCGUAAAGAACAACGAACAGUUCAGUAUUACUGUCUCCUUUUUCGAUAUCGGCAGGUUCACCGAAUAUCAUUUUGAGGACUUGUUUGGCUUCGAUACUUGCUUCUUGAAUGAAAACGGAACUCUAUUUGCACAAUCAAAAAGCGGUCAGCUACAUUACAGACCUUAUGGUACAUUUCACUCCAACUGGACCAAAACAAUACCCUUGAGUAAAGGGGAAAUCAUAACUGCUGUUGCUGCGACACCCCAAAGGAUUAUUGUUGGUACAUCGUUUGGCUAUAUUAGAAUUUUUAACCAAUAUGCUGUUCCAAUAACUGUGGAAAAGAUGUCGCCAGUUGUAACAUUAACUGCACUAGAUUAUAAAGUGUUUACGGUUCACUACUCUCCAUUUCACGGUAUCUCAUAUUCAUUGUUAGAGCAAUCGCCAACAAAAUCGAGAUAUUUCCAAAGGGAAUGUCCCCUACCCAUUAUUCUUCCGCAAAAUAUGGACCAGACUGACGAAUUUGGUGCAUCGUCCUUUACUGCCUUCAAUCCUCUGGGUAUCAAGAGUGUGUUUUUUUCGCAAUACGGGGACCCAUGUAUAUUCGGUAAUGAUAACGUGCUCUUGGUACUAAGUAAAUGGACAUCUCCUACUGAAAGCAGAUGGGUUCCUCUCUUAGAUUCUAACCUCGAGUUGUGGAAGAUGACCGGGGGUAAGGAUAAGCACGACAUUCACGUAUGGCCCUUAGGUUUAUCGUUUGACACUCUGAACUGUAUAUUGGUGAAAGGUAAAAACGCUUGGCCGGGCUUCCCUCUCCCCCUACCGUCUGAAAUGGAGGUGAGAAUACCAGUUUUAGUCAAACAACAAAUAUGGGAGGAAACGCUUUCAAAGCGGGAUGAGGACGAGGACGCACAAGCAGAUUCUGCGGAGCUUGGAAAAGACAAGGGCGAUGGGAUCUCCGGGAAGGAGAUCAAGGUACCCGAUAAUAUGGCUGCGGAAGAGGAAUUAAUGCGUUCUAAAAUCCUAAGCGGACUCCUAAGUGAUACUCUGGAAAAUGAAGGUGAGCUAUUUGGCAACGAAAACGAGAUUAUAGCCCAGCUGAAUAAUAAUUACGAUAAAGCGUUGCUACGUUUGUUUGCGGUGGCGUGUUCCACCCAGGACUCAGAUAAAGCACUUUCGUUGGUACAAGAAUUGAAGCAAGAUCGCGCGCUAACUGCAGCCGCAAAGAUUGCAGAAAGAGCGGAGAUGAUGUCUUUGAUGAAGCGGAUCAACGACAUACGAGAGACUCGUUUUGAGAGGCAAAUGGACAGUAUGAAGUGA